AUGAUCCUCAACCCUCACUUCCAUAAAGACUGGCAGAAAAGAGUCCGCACAUGGUUCAACCAGCCAGCAAGAAAGAUCCGUAGGCGAAAAGCCCGCCAAGCAAAGGCCCGGCGCAUUGCGCCCCGACCUGUGGCUGGCCCUCUGAGACCCCAGGUUAGAUGUCCAACAGUGAGAUAUCACACAAAGGUCCGUGCUGGACGUGGGUUCACUCUUGAGGAGCUCAAGGCGGCUGGCAUUCACAAAAAGACAGCCCGCACUAUUGGCAUUGCAGUCGAUUCACGUCGCCGCAACAGAUCCACAGAAUCUCUUCAGGCCAAUGUACAGCGUCUAAAGGAGUACCGCUCCAAGCUGAUCUUGUUCCCCAGGAAGGCUUCUGCUCCUAAGAAGGGAGACAGCACUGAGGAGGAACUUAAAAUGGCUACUCAGCUUUCUGGGGUGGUUAUGCCCAUCAAAACUAUUCACAAGAAAGAGAAGGCCCGCAUUAUCUCAGAGGAUGAGAAGAACUUCAAGGCCUUUGCGAGCUUGCGUAUGGCCCGCGCUAAUGCACGUCUCUUUGGUAUUCGUGCCAAGAGAGCAAAGGAAGCUGCUGAGCAGGAUGUGGAGAAAAAGAAGUGA